AUGAAACCAAGUGAUUCCGCGGAUAAGGUUUGCGAAAACGGCACAUCAUAUGUUAUGCCACAUCAUGCAAUGAUUAAACCGGAAAGCCUAACAACAAAAAACCCGAAAGAUGAUCUAAGCGUUUUUGAAAUGUUAACACUAACAUUUGGUGUUUCCUGCUCCCCAUAUUUAGCAAUUCGUUCUUUGCAUCAGUUGGCUAAGGAAGUAAAUCGGUCUCAUCCUCUAGCAUCAAAAAUUCUUUUAAACGAGUUGUUUGUAGAUGACGUUCUUUCAGGGGCUCAUGACAUUUCCACUGCGGUAGAAGCUCAAUUCGAAUUAAUUGAGGUAUUAAAGUCUGCCGGUUUCAAUUUAAGAAAGUGGACAUCGAACGCGAAGGAGUUACUGAGUCCUCUGCCUAAAGGUUUACUUCUUAACGAAGAUUUCCUAACUAUUGAUGAUAAAAGUUCUGUAAAAAUGCUUGGCAUAAAAUGGAAAGCUACUAAAGAUACAUUUUCGUUUUCGGUACAAUCAAUACCACAAUCUAACUCUUUCUCAAAACGCUCAGUUCUAUUCGUCAUUGCAAAAUUGUAUGAUCCUAUAGGGUGGUUGGCCCCUAUUGUGAUCACAGCAAAAAUACUGAUGCAACAAAUUUGGAAGGAUAAAACUGAAUGGGAUAGUUGUCUUCUUCCCACCACCGAACAGAGUUGGAAAGUAUUUGUGGCAAGUUUGCCAGAGGUUGCAAAUGUAAGUAUACCACGAUGGGUGGAAUACACUCCGCACGCUGUUUCACAGAUUCACGGAUUCUGUGACGCGUCCGAAAAAGCUUAUGCGGCAUAUAUUUACUUACGAGUGCAACAACAAGAUAAAAUUACCUCCCAUCUCUUGUGGGCGAAAUCAAAGGUUGCGCCAGUAAAUACUAUCUCCUUACCAAGGCUAGAGUUGCAAGGGGCAGUUCUUCUAUCUAAAAUGAUCAGUUUAUUGUCAACAGCUCUUCAAAUUCAAAAUGUUUCAUUAGUUAAGUUGUGGACGGAUUCCACUAUAGUCUUAGCCUGGCUUCAAAAACAACCAUGUUCAUGGUGA